AUGGCUGGACUACCGGAUAACCCUGAUGACUGGUUUCGACUUGAGGAUCCUGAUGAGCCAUUUGGAGUUCCUUUGCAUCCACAUCCACUACACUUAGCGGGGGAUCCGUACUUUCCCCAUGACGGUCUUGAAGAGGAGGAUCCCGAAGAGGAUCCUGAGGAGGAUCCCGAAGAGGAUCCUGAGGAGGAUCCCGAUGAGGAGGAGCUCGAGAAUGAGGGCAUAUUUCAGGAUGCCCAAGAGACUGAUGAUGAUGGUCCUGCAGAGGAUGAGGGAGACCUCUCCGAAGAGGAACCUACUCCCCUUACCCCACCAGACUCACCACCGAGACCCCACUACCAGCCGUACCUUCUGCGCGGCAAGGGCCCUUGUAUGAUGAGGACCCCAGGAACUACUAUAUCUCCUAUUUACCACUUGGACCCAGCUGCUCAGGUUUCCCGACCCACUAGUGGUCUAUUAGGGAAACGUAAUCGACCCAGUGAGCCAUCUUGGCUCACAGACCUCCUUAGCAGGAGGGAUGCUACUGAUCUACCACCACGGUUUGAGGUUGGUGAAUCUUCACGAGCACCACUCAGGUUUAAUCCUGAGGAUGAUCCGAUACCUCGCUUGAUGACUCAGAUUGAUCAGACCGAGGAUAGGAUUAGAUCCUUGGAGCAGUUUGUGAGAGGUCCAGGCUCUACUUCCCUCGACCAUCGAGUUGAGACACUCGAGGAAGAGGAGAAGGAGAAUUCUGAUGCGAUCCAGAUAUUAUAUCAUCUCUCGGGUGCUGAUCAUGAUGCAGUGAAUGCCUUGAGUGCUCAGGUAAGAGCACAGAACUACCGGAUUCAGAUCAUGGAGAGCGAGCUUGCUGCGCAGCGAAAUCAGUUGGUUAUCUCUGCGCAGGAACGACGCUACAUCUUGGACCAGUUCGAGGACUUUGUCCUCUAUGUGAUGACUCGAUUUGGGAGGUAG